AUGUAUAGACCGACCACGACAAACCAGUGGUGGUUCUGUGGCCAGCUUUUCGCGCAGGCUAUCCUAAGUCUCGCAGUUGCAACAUAUAUUCUCAUUGAAUGGCAAUCAUGGGUAACACCACUUAUAACCCAAGUCACCGUUUCUUACACCGUCCCAAUCGGCCUCGGAAUCGUUAUAUUCGCCGUUCUAUUCACAUUCAUUCUGUCGCUGGAUGCAAUUCAUCACCAAAACAAUGCUCUCCUCGUCGCCAUCUGCAUCUGCAACACGUGCCUCUUGGUCUUCUCCAUUAUGCGUUAUUCGUCGAUACGAGGGAUAACGAACGGUCUUUAUUUGUCUCGUUAUCAGAAGCCAACUUUGGUGGAUACCUCUAGAAAUCUCUGGCCUCGCAUUCAAUCAGCCGAGAUCAUCCUAUCAGUCAUCGUGGGUAUCAGCAGUCUGAGCUUGUGGCUCUCUGCAUAUUUCCUGCGCAAAGAGUUUUCAUGGACAAUUUACAAGAGUGUCCAUGGCAGUCUACAGACUAGAAAGCGUUACAGGGCUUAUGAGAUAUACAUUGUCCUGAUCAAGCUGAUCUUUUUCUUCCUGACCGGCUUCAUUAUCCAAUACAACCUGAUCGAUGUUCAUUUCGACGAACCCGAGUAUAGCCUGACGAUGGCUUUGAUACCAGCUGCAUUCAUUAUGAUUAUGCUCGGUAUCUAUUUUGUGAAACAUGAGAAGACAUACCCUAUGAUUCCUAUUCUACUAUGCUACCUAGGUCUGAUCGCAUACCUCCUCAGCCGGAUAGUACUUCUAUGCGGCCAUACACGACGCUCAAAUACGGCCGGAAAGGACAUGAUGAUAUUGUUUGCGUUUGCUGCUUUAGUGUCAACCCUAUCCACGUUUUGUUGUGCCGUUGUCUGCGUAUUUAAUUUCGACAACGGAUUAAAAGGUGUCGACAAGUGGAGAAAACAAGUUGCACGAGAGUCGUCCUUGUUUCACAGUCGCGGCUAUGGCUCUGCAGGUUAUGGUUUACCGUCGGAUUCACAUUCACUGUCGAGAUUAUCCCGUGAAUAA